UACCCAUAAGUAUUUCGCGCGAAUUUUGUAAGGUCUUCUCAUUGCGGUUUUGUAAAAUUACUAAAUCAAAAAUGCCUAAAGCAAGGGCUUCGAAGUCUGCAAAGGCAAACAAACCAAACAAGGAUGUAAACCAAUGGAUGAUGCUAGCCCCAGAUGAUGCUCUCAGCUCCACACCAGAAAGUGAAUCACCUCCUUUAUUUGCCAAGAUACCUCAUCCAAGAACAGGGAAAGGGGUCCAGCUUCUUUUCUCCUCUGAUGAAAAAAGUGUGUGUGAAGUGGCGAAAUUCAAAGAUGAGCCCAGGUCGUGGUUUAUAGAUGACACUGUUCAUGAAGAUGGGAGCAUGGUUAUUGCAACUCCUAUAGAUUCUGUGUUUCUUUGCCUGCCAUAUCUUGAAAAAUGCUCAUCGCAGUUUAGAACUUUAGACCAGAUUUUGAUUGACAGCAAAUUCCCCUCAGUGGGUAAACUGACGAACUGCAUCACUCAUGAGAGCUUGACAAGUGUAUGUGACUGUAAGGGGGAUGAUGAUCUACAUGUCUACAGAAUUAAUGAAGAUAAAACUAUGGCAUGGUUAAAGACCAAGGUGGAAUGUGUUGCUGAUUACUUAGCGACAUCAGAUAUCAAUGUCAGUAAAGGAUCUCAAAGUGCUACAUUUGUACGCAGUAGAAAGCACUCAGAUGUGACUAGAGAUGAUCACCUACGUUACUCGUCUGGUAUGAUUUGUGAUUACUUGAGUCUUUCUUGGGAAGAGAAGCUGAAAAAAGCCUUGAAUUUACCAGAAAAAGACAAAGAAAAGGAAGUUUCCGAUGAGGAACCCCCUAGCAAGCGUGUCAAGCUUGAAGAAGGCAGUGAAACAGUGGAGGACUAUUCAAAAGAGUAUGAAAAACUAAAGUCCAAGAUUCCAGCUGGUGAGACUCCUGGAAAGAUGACUGCAGGCCAGCGAGCGCUGUCUAAAGUUGACAAAACUGGUAUGAAGUCAAUAUCAAGCUUCUUUGGAGGAGGUAAAAAGACAAGCAAAAAAUAGAGAGAAAUGGCCAAUUCAGGUUUAAUCCUGGGGUAUGUUUUCUAUUUGACUUUGAUGUAGGGGAAUAUUCUUUGUAAAUAACUGUAGGAUGGAAAUAAAAUGGAGCUACUGCA